AUGCAAUUGUCCAAGAUCGUGCUCGCUUCCAUCCUUGCUUCCCUGGCCACCGCGGCCGACGAGAUCGUCAACCAGAUCGGCGACGGCCAGGUCCAGGCCCAGACUGUGGAAACCACUGCUGAGACGGCACCAGCCACUUCUGCCCAGACCACUGCCCAGACCACGGCUCAGACCACUGCCCAGACCACGGCUCAGACCACGGCUCAGACCACGGCUCAGACCCCAGCUACCUCGUCCGCCGUCUCCACAUCCACCGUGGAGCAGGACACCACCGUCACCAGCCUGGCCACAGAUACCCUGACCACGUGUGCAGAGAGCUCUGCCGCCGCCCAGCCUACUCCAGGCACCGCUGCCUCCAGCUCCGAGGGCGUCCAGACCCUGUACGUCCAGACCGCCGAGACGGUCACCCUUCAGGGCAGCCAGACCGUUGUGACCACCUACGCUCCAUACAGUUCUGUCCCAGCUGUCUGUCCCUGUGAAACGACCCCGGCUUCCACCCCUGCUACCGCCGCUACCACCUCCCCAGCUCCAGCUGGAAGCUCUUCGAAGGACUCGUGGAACACCGUCUACACCUCUUCUUCUUCCGAGGGCGUCACCUACGUGGACGAGACCACCACCCCAACGUCUACCGUGACAAACAACCACUACUCCACUACCAACGAGUACGUCACCACUACGUCUACCUACUCAGGCGCAUCCUCCGCGGCUACCGUUGCUUCCUAUUCUUCUCCAAGCUCGAACGGCACUUCCUCAAUCGAGAACUUCGAGGCCGGCGCUGCCAAGCUGAUGGUCAGCUCCGGAGCCGUUGGAAUUGCUGCCCUGGCACUACUUUUCUAA